CACAAAAUCCCCUCCGAAAAACCGGAUCCUGUGGGCGCCCAUCAAAUGCCCUUUUCCUGUCUUGUCUUCUCCAAAGAAAUACAGACACAAGACGAAUUUCAUCCUCAAUCUUCCCUCGCAUUCAACGUUGAAUUUCUAUUUCUUGGACGUAUCAGUAUUGUGAAGAACCCAUUUUUAUCCUUUCCCUGUAGCGGCAGUUCUUGUUCUGCGAGGGCCUUUGCAGAGAUUCUUGUCGAUGGCUGUCCGAGAUUUGAUUGCCCUUUCGUUCCUUCUCCUCAUUUUUCUGCCCAUGAGCGCGAAUGGAUCGAUCAUUCGGAUGAAGACCAGCCGGCCAUCCGUGACUUUCGACCCGACUCGGGUCACCCAGCUGUCGUGGAACCCCAGGGCUUUCUUGUACAGGGGAUUCAUGUCGCAUGAGGAGUGCGAUCAUCUCAUCAAGCUUGCUAAGGGUAAGCUCGAGAAGUCGAUGGUGGCCGAUAAUGAAUCGGGAAAGAGCAUAAUGAGCAAGGUUCGGACGAGUUCGGGGAUGUUCCUCUCAAAAUCUCAGGAUGAAAUCGUCACAGAUAUAGAGGCCAGGAUUGGUGCAUGGACAUUUCUUCCACCAGAAAAUGGAGAAGCGAUCCAAAUCCUGAAAUAUGAGCAUGGUCAAAAGUACGAACCGCAUUUUGACUACUUCCAUGACAAGGCUAACCAAGAGCUUGGCGGUCACCGAGUUGCUACUGUGUUGAUGUAUUUGUCUGAUGUUGAGAAGGGAGGGGAGACCGUCUUUCCUAAUGCAGAGGCAGCUUCGAAGCAGCCUAAGGAUGACAGCUGGUCGGACUGUGCCAAAAAUGGAUAUGCUGUGAAACCCAGGAAGGGUGACGCCCUGCUCUUCUUCAGUCUCCACCCUGACGCCACAGUGGACACAAGCAGCCUGCAUGGGAGCUGCCCGGUGAUGGAGGGUGAGAAGUGGUCGGCCACCAAGUGGAUCCAUGUGAGGUCGUUCGACAAGGUACUGAAGAGUGACACCACAACACGUUGUGAGGACGAGAACGAGAACUGUCCCUUGUGGGCCAAGGCUGGGGAGUGUGCGAAGAACCCUCUCUACAUGGUUGGCAACGAUGAAUCCAUCGGAUAUUGUAGGAAGAGCUGCAACGCUUGCUAGUGCUUGUUAGAUCAAACUCAUUUUUAACUUUCAUCGGUUUUGAACUCUGGCCUCAAUACUUUUGGGACAGAGCUGAGUGGGCUAGAACACAAGUUGUGUAUAUAAACACUGAACAGUAGUAAAGACUAGACAGGCGAAUAUGUCAUUGGAGUCAUUGCGGAAGCCCGAUAACGUCGUACCUUCACGAAAACUCUCGUCUGGUCCGAUAAUCAUGUCUUGGCCCUCGGGUAAUAUAUAGCAGGAACUUUCUCUAA